AUGGGUUCCAAAGAAAAGAAAGACAAGACGGACCAGAACGAUGGGCCUCCUGCUACCACCUCCACAACCGAAAAGGAGCCUCAAACAUGGCCCUAUGCUAGAAUUUUCAAAUUCGGCGGUGUGUUCGAGCAUUCAAUGCAAGCUGUCGCCAUCUUUGCGGCCAUUUGCUCCGGCGCAGGUAUUGCCCUUCAGAAUCUCAUUUUCGGGAGGUUCAUCACUGUCGUUAUCGAUUUCGCGUCCGCAAAAAUAUCGCCUUCCCAUCUCCGCGACGAAGCCGCAACACUUGCUCUUUAUUUUGUUUACCUUGGCAUCGGCCGAUUUCUUCUAUCAUACACCUACAAUACGCUUCUGACCUACACGGCUUAUCGCAUUACUCGAAAUAUUCGACACGCAUACCUCAGAGCUGCGCUCAGCCAAGAAGUCGCAUUCUUCGAUCUCGGCACCAGCGGCUCCAUCGCAGCCCAGGCUUCUUCCAACGGCCGCUUGAUUCAAGGUGGAAUCAGUGAAAAGUUGGGUCUCCUGUUCCAGGGCAUAUCUACCUUUGUGACAGCAUUUAUCAUUGCGUUUAUAUUCCAAUGGAAACUUACACUCAUUUGUCUCUGCAUUGCACCCGCAACGCUCAUUAUUAACGGAGCUGCGGCUGGUAUCAUGGCAGGCCAUGAAACCAACAUCUUGGAAAUCCAUUCCCAAGCCAACUCAUUCGCCGAAAACAUUUUAUCAAGUGCCCGUACAAUCCACGCGUUUGAGAUGCGCGACAGGCUAGUCCGCAAAUUCAACACCUACUUGACCGAUGCCCACCACGUUGGUAACAAAAUCUCACCUCACUUUGGCACUUUGCUUUCAGCCGAGUAUUGCAUUGUCUACCUGGGCUACGGUCUCGCAUUCUGGCAGGGUAUCCGAAUGUUUUCUAGGGGUGAGAUAGACCAGCCUGGAGAAAUUUUCACUGUCCUCCUCUCUGUUAUAAUCGCCGCCACCAGCCUCACAAUGCUUGCGCCAUAUUCUGUCGACUUUACCCGGGCGUCUGUUGCUGCGGCGAAACUCUUUGACCUGAUCGACCGCAAGUCCGAGAUUGAUUCAUUCGACAGUACCGGUAAAAUACCAUCAGAGAUGAUAGGAGAAAUUUCUGUCGACAAUGUUACUUUCGCCUAUCCAACCCGACCCGGCAUCGCAGUCCUUGACAACUACUCCGUCAAGUUUCCUGCUGGAAAAACUACUGCCCUAGUUGGUCAAUCUGGAUCCGGCAAAAGCACUGUCAUCGGUCUUCUUGAGCGCUGGUAUAAUCCUGAGUCCGGCACGAUUUCGUUAGAUGGCUGCCCAAUCGAUCAGCUGAAUUUGAACUGGCUCCGAACCAAUGUCCGUUUAGUGCAGCAAGAGCCCGUCCUAUUCCAAGGAACCAUCUUCGAUAACAUUCGAUCUGGCCUAACUGGCACUGCAUGGGAAGAUGCGCCAGAAGAAGAGCAGAUGCACCAUGUUGAAGAAGCUGCUAAGCUGGCGUUUGCCCAUGAGUUCAUCUCUAAGCUACCUAAUGGUUAUUAUACCCAGGUUGGUGAGCAUGGAGGCCUGCUCUCUGGUGGCCAGAAACAACGUAUUGCUAUUGCGCGCAGUAUCAUUUCCAAGCCCAAGGUUCUUCUUCUAGACGAGGCUACAAGCGCACUUGAUCCUGAAGCUGAAGUCAUUGUUCAAAAGGCGCUAGAUAGGGUCUCUGAGGGUCGUACAACGAUCGUCAUCGCUCACAAGCUUGCUACUAUCCAGAAGGCCGACAACAUCAUCGUCAUGAUGAAAGGACGCAUCGUCGAGCACGGUACUCAUCAAUCUUUGAUCAUGCAUGGCGGUACCUAUGCUCGACUCGUGCAGAUUCAGAACCUCACAGCACAGAGCGACGAGUCUGGAGACAUUACGGACCAAUCUGAAUCCCUCGAUCACGUCCCGAUGUCUAUUGAACCGAGCAGAACCUUGACUCGGCAUGAGACCUCUCACCAAAGCGAUGUCGAUGGAGGCAAGGAUCUAGGUGGAUAUGAUCAGCAUGAGCAGCGCGGUGUCAUCUCUGUCAUGAUUCGGAUCGUUGGCCAGACGCCUGAGCUGAGGUUGGCAUUUAUUGUCAUCCUGAUGGCGUGCAUCGUGGCAGGCGCAACUUUUCCUGGCUUGGCCAUUCUAAUUGCCAACAUCGUGGAGGUCUUCUCUCUAACAGGGUCUGAGAUGGAGCUUCAAGGCAACUUCUAUGCUAAAAUGUUCAUCGUCUUUGCUUGCGGGUGUUUUGUUGCCUACUUCGCUUUAGGAUAUGCCACUAACGUCGUUGCUCAUACUUUGAGUCACAAGUUCCGCAAAUCCAUUCUUGAGAACAUCCUCCGACAAGAUUUGCAAUUCUUUGAUCGAGAAGAGAACACCACCGGGGCGCUGAUCAGUCAGAUAGACUCAAACCCACAGGCUGUCCUUGAACUCAUGGGCUACAACGUUGGUCUUAUCCUUGUCGCCGUCUUCAACAUCACUGCCUGUAGCGUCUUGGCUAUUGUGUAUAGCUGGAGACUUGGCUUGGUAGUUACUUGCAGUGGCCUUCCCCCUUUGGUUAUUGCCGGUUAUCUUAAAAUCCGGUUCGAUGCUAAACUGGAUCGCGAGACGUCGAGGCUCCUGUCACUCAGUGCUUCUAUUGCUUCCGAAGCGAUAAAUUCUAUCCGGACUGUUUCGUCUCUUGCUAUUGAGAAUUCAGUGCUGUCGAGAUACUCCCAUGAGCUCGAUCUUGCAUUGGCUGGCUCUAAGCGACCCGUGUUGACCAUGAUGAUCUGUUUCGCCUUUACACAGUCUAUCGAAUACUGGUUUAUGGCCCUUGGCUUUUGGUACGGUUGCUACCUUUUAUCAUUUGACCAGAUUAGCAUAUAUGCUUUUUUCGUUGCCUUCUUAGGCGUCUUCUUCUCUGGCCAGUCGGCUGCCCAACUUUUCCAAUAUUCGACCAGUGUCACUAAAGGCAUCAAUGCGGCCAAUUAUAUCUUUUGGCUUCAGGACCUCCAGCCGUCGGUAAGGGAAACAGAUGAAAACCGUGGAAACGGCCCUGAAUCUGGCGAUACGGUGAACAUCCGUGAUGUGCACUUUUCUUACCCUCUUCGACCCGAGAUGCGCGUCCUCAGAGGCAUAAAUGUCAAUAUAAAGAAGGGUCAGUUCGUUGCUUUCGUCGGAGCAUCUGGUUGCGGCAAAUCUACAAUGAUCGCUCUACUUGAACGGUUCUACGACCCCACAACAGGCUCAAUCGACAUUGACUCGGCCUGUUUGACUUCUCUCAACCCUCGACUGUAUCGUCGCAUUGUAGGACUCGUUCAACAAGAACCCACAUUGCUUCAAGGUUCGAUCCGCGAUAAUAUCGCGUUGGGUGUCGAUGAACCCUCUGACGAUACCAUUUCCUCGGCUGCCACAGAAACGGUCAGCGAUAAGGAGAUCGAGUCGGCAUUGCGAGCUGCCAAUGGCUGGGACUUUGUGUCGUCUCUACCUGAGGGUCUUUCUACCCCUGUUGGUUCUCAUGGCACCCAGCUGUCCGGUGGCCAGCGGCAACGCAUUGCUAUUGCUCGUACACUUAUUCGCGAUCCGAAAGUGCUGCUUCUUGACGAGGCGACAUCGGCGCUUGAUACAGAAAGCGAGAAGAUUAUACAGGACGCGUUAUCCAAGGCUACUAAGGACAGCAAGAGAAUCACGAUUGCCGUUGCUCACAGGCUUAGCACAAUCAAGGAUGCAGAUACGAUUUGCGUCUUUCAUGCCGGGAAGAUCAGGCAAGUGGGCACGCAUCAAGAGUUGAUCGCGCAAGGCGGCAUGUAUCGUAAGAUGUGUGAGGCGCAGGCUUUGGAUUAG